GAAGAGAGCAACGAAUUCUAGAUCCACUUUUUUUCUCUCUGUAAGUUUUGUUGUUGGUACAAUGUUCUCGGACCCCAGCAAGAACCCCAGAACUCAGAAAAAAGAGUAACAUGCCUGACAUAGUUUUUUUACUUAGUGGACACACUUCUAGAAGCUGCUGUGUAGUAGAGUAUUCCGCCAACAUUUGCCUACAACAAUAUUUGGUUCCAACUCCAAGCGUCUGACUCCUGCAUCUUACAUAGGUGGUCGCACGUUUGUCAUGUCUAGUUCCUCGAGUCCAAGUGGCACUGCGCGCGUCCGGAUGCAGAUAGAGGAGGCAGUUUUGCGGCGAUGACGACGAGCGGAAGGGCAACGCGGAUGGUGCACAUCCCGUCGAUGUAGCAGGUUGGAGCGGUUUGUUCUACCGCGGUAGACAUGUGGCUUAGACACCGGUCGGGGCAGCCUUCCAGUUUCUCGUUCUCCUCUGUUGAUGUCCCUCUCGCAGUUGAAUCGGACGCUGCAGCCGGGUGCGCUGGAAUGGCGGCGCCUGUCGCAGGUAUCCGGGGGCGCCUCGUCCCCGAACUCUGUCGCGUGGUGUGCCUCGCGAGACCUGCUGGCGCUCAUGACCGACACUGUCGUGCAAAUCCUGGAUGUGUCGGAAUACCUCUCGACCGAGGGGGCGCCCGAGGCAAAGUGCAAGAUCGUCAUCGAAAACUACUGCCCCCGCGGAAAGCGCAAGGUAUCGAUACGUUUUGUUGAGUACUGCCAAGAAAGUAGAACUUCUUUCUUUCCACCCAAUCAUGCGCCGUACUUUUGCCGCCCGUAACCCGAAAGAACAAACGCACUCGAAGAUUUUGCUGCACUCAACUUUUUGACCUCUCUACUUCAGGUGAUCACGCCAGCCCAAGCCGUGCGACUGCGCCGCGAUGCGAAGCUCAGCCAAGCGGCUUUGCUGCAGCACGCCCUGCUUUCACAGCAGACGAAGUCGCAUUUCACCUCUAUAGCAUGGGACGAUCAUACGAGUACCAGUUCUUCCCUGAACAAGCCAGGCGGCAUUCAGGUGGGGCCGGGAUCGAGUCCGGCCGGUGCGGCAGACGCCAUGAAACGGCGGCGGGCUGCUCCGGCCACGAGCAAGGGGGCCAAGGCGAGUCCGGGAAAGACUUGCAACACCGGCGAAGAGGACGAAAUGGACCAAACGGAAUCCGGGGUGCUGGUACCGAAGAGCGACGGCGCAUUCAUCGACGCCCGCCUCGCGGUCACCACCAGUUGCGGAAAGGUUCUCAUUUUCGGAAUCUCGGAGGUGUGGUCCGGACCGUACGACGUUCACUUGCUGCACCGCAUCGAACCGCAGCUCGUACCGCAGCUGAAACAAGAUCGCCACAUGGUGUGUCCGGAUCACACUUGCUGCGCGUUCGCAGCGGACCGUCAGUGCUUUUUCACGUCCUUUCACAACCACGUUCUCCGAUGGGACCUUUCCACUACUACGGACACUUCUACGACCAGCACCGCCGCCGAGCAGGAGCAUAUAAUUAGCAAGAACACGAAACUACAAACGGCGGGUAGCAAAGCGAGCGGCGCGGCCAAAAGCACUGGGUCCGGGGCGAAAAGCAGUAGUGGUGCCGCUAAGAGUAGUAAAGCCGUGGAGCAAGCACCAUCCGCUGACGAGGCCGCUCAGUCCGCCGCGUGUAGUUGUCCGCGACUUGUGAGCAACUUGAAGCUUGUGGAUGCAGAAGUGACACGACUCGCCUGCUGUGGGAACGCGAUCGUGAUCGGGCUGUCGAGCGGGAGGGUUGUGCAUUCCGAUACGGACUUCCGCCACUCCCACGUACUGUACCACCCUCGCAACACGACCAGUCCGGCGUUUUCGGCAAAAGUCGGGCACGACCGUCGCGAGUGCCCUGUACACAUGUUGGACUUUCGGUACCCGAACCUCGUCGGUGUGGCCAUCCAGGACAGUUUUCUCGUCUUGCGACAGCAGGGAGGAGAAGAAAAGCAAUGGCACGUCAUUCUGGAGUACCUGCAAAGCGGAACAAUCGUUGGGAUGCACGUGGAGCCUGAUUUUGCUUUGUCGGUGGAUGCAGACGCCAUCGCAUGUUUCUUCUCGCUGAGGGGAAACCGGGAAAAGAUGUCAUCGUCCUCCACACCGCAGGAUGUUGACAAGGCCGGCCACCCGUCAACCAGUGCAGUUAGUAGCAGCGUGGCGGGAACGGGAUCCCCCGCACGGAGGAAGAUGUCGUUCGGGGGCAAGGAAAAGAUGAAACGCCCCAAGGCAGCUGCAGACGAGGAGAACGGCAACGAAGGAAAGCAAGACGUUCACAACUUCACCGUUGUUGACAACCGACGGGCAAGUGCUAAUGACAACAUUUCCGUCACGGUAGGGCCACCCGCGUACUUUCGCACCGUGCCAGAGCCUGCGGAGCCCGUUCCGCAACCGGGGCAACUACCGGUGUAUCGUCCUGUGGUCGAGCUUGUGUUGCCCUGCUGCGGUGCGGCGUUUUCUCCGGGCCGCCGGGUGCUCGCCUCCGUCGCCACCGCCACUCCCGAGCACAGCAGCUCCUACCGACGGCUGCAAAGCAGCUUUGGUACCCACACGGAACUAUGGUUGUGCGGACUCCCGCAUGAUCUGUUGGACCGCGGCAAAACCACAGCGUACGCCUCCGAAGCAGGUCAAGAGAGCAUUGGCACGGUCGUCACGCUGGAGCGAGGGCGUCUGGCGGAAGAGGCAGCCGGGGAGCCGUUCGAAAAGCGAGCCGGAGCCGAGCAGCUGGCCACCAUUUCGGAUUUGUGCGAGGUUUUCUGCGACUUCCUCCGUAGUGGCGGAGAGCGUUCGGUACGUGUCAACGAGCUCAGUUACAACGCCUUGCGUCACGAAAUUUCCUGCAGCACGCGACUCUCUGCCUUUGAGUGGAAGAUACUGGAGACGCUGCACGACGCGUCCAGCAGUGCGGUAGCUUCAGAGGACUCAACAGCGUUUCCAUGCUUUCUCCACGGCUGGACGGACUUUCGAGGUCAAGUGGAAAACGCAGUGCGCAUAUUUGCGGAACGCGUCUGGAAGGCCUGCACCACGGAGCCGGCGCUUGUGGAAGGGGCGGAGGAGUUCGCGCAGGAGCAAGAAGAGUUGUUGGCGAAGCGAAAGGCUCCCGGGCCGGCGGUUGACUUUUGGUGCUGGAUCUGCAAUCGAGCCAGGAGGCUGCAGCCGGACGUCACAGGAGAAUGGUUUGUCUGCCCGGGUGGCCAUCAGACGCCGCGGUGUCAGCGUGGUGGAGACCCCAUAGGCCCAGGCACCCACGUGGAGCGGUGUGGCACGUGCCAACGCAUGUCGCGUCUGGCCCGCAGUACCGCCACACUGCGGCCGUGCUAUUACUGUUUGAGUAAAACGCGACACUGCCUCGUAUAAUGAUGGAUAAGAAAGCACUUCUUUCUCUUGAUCGAUAGCGCAACGCGGACAAAGUACUAAAAGACAAGCACUCACGGAAGCGACUACUACAUUGAUAGUAUGAUCUAGGAGCGUGACGCAGAUUGACAUCGUGCACUCUGCAAUUCUGCGUUAAUGCGGCAAUUGUUCAAUCUCAUCGUUUAUACAAAGCCGCGGACCCAGCGCUGUCCGCUCGUAUGCAUUCGGUAAUG